GGUUAGGGCCAGGGUGCCUGUGCAGCACUCAGAGGAUCUGCCCCCAACAGGUCCCAGAACCCAGCUGACUACCGGAUCCUGCUAGGGUACAACCAACUGAGCAAUCCCAGUAACAUAAGCAUGCAGAUGACAGUGUACAAGGUCAUUGUCCACCCAGACUUCGACAAGCACCAUUUUUUAGGGAGUGACAUCACCUUGAUGCAGCUGCACCAGCCUGUGAAGUUCAGCUCCCACAUUCUACCUGCCUGUCUCCCAGACAGCUCCACAAAGCUGGACUCUACAACGACCUGCUGGAUAAGUGGCUGGGGGAUGAUAACUGAAGAACAAUUCCUGCCACCUCCCAUGCAACUACAGGAGGCAGAGCUCAUGCUUGUACCCAGUGAUGUCUGUGACUCCUUUUACAGACCUCCCAACCCUGCUGACGCUGGCCCCAAACCUCCUGGCGUACACGAGGAUGCACUGUGUGCUGGGGACUAUAUAAAUGAAAAGUCCAUCUGCCGAGUAAGUAAGACCAGCUUAGACUCUCCAGCUGAGCUUGGCCACCUCUUGGCUGCUGUGCUGUGUCUCUCCAUCUAUGUCUUCUUUGUACCUAGAGCCCCUAGGGACCACUCUAUCCCAUCCAUUUUCUUUGUGUCUGUAAAAAAAGGUCAAAAUAUAGCAUGGACAGAAGAGGAGAUAUAACUUGUAUUGUUUGAU